UACUUCAAUUUAAAGUUUCUAUCUUAUAUUUAAUUACAUUGACUAAAAAGCAUCAUACUGCCGACGAAGCAAUUAACCUCAAUACCCUGAAGAGACUCGCCUAGCAAUGCCUGAAAAUACCUGUCCUGAUUACCGUCUUGCGCAUGUUACAGUUAUAGAUUUUCUGCGAGAAUUAUUUCCAAAUGUCCCUGCCGCGGAUUUCCAGCUCCAGGUAAAUAGUUAUCCUGAAGUGAUGUUAUAUGUCGCUGCCCUUGCAAAUUGUUAUUAUAAUACUAUUAAAUAGACUAUAAAUAGCGAAUAUGUAUUUAAAGCACCUCGAUUACUUACUAGAAAAGAAUGGGACUUACUUUAUACUCAGCGAGAUUAAUCAUGUUAAAUUAGCUACUAGCUAGAUAUAGAUAAGGCACCCUAGUGAAUGAUAACUCAGCUUUAUUCUUCCUUUCUAAUAUGCUUCUCUGACACGUCACCAUUCGUUGAGCUGCGACUGGUGGGCGCGAAUCUAGAAGCAGAAGCUGAAAAGGCUGAUUAA